AUGGAGGAAGGAGGUUACGAGUCGCUUCUCAAGGCGACGAAAACGCUCCAAACUGAGCGCCGGGAGCAAGAGUCUACCGCAUCCGCGGUACAGGCAUCUCCCAGACGUUUGAACGAGGCCCAAUCAGCGUUCAGGAUGUUGUCUUCGCUCUGUCACCUCUGGCUUGUGACGCCUGCUCCACGCUACAGUAAUUCCCCGUGGCCGUUCAGCUUCCCGCGCGCCCCUCCUCCGUCCCCAUCGCCCGUAUACGAGUUGCUGGACGAAGCAUCUCCAAUUGGUCGUUUCGCUACUUACAGUCUUGCCCCGCCCCUCCCGCCUUCUCCGCCGCCGUCCAAUCCGCCCUCGUCGAGGGGUUCCCCCACGCCAUCCCCUACUUUUGCUCCGCUUCCUAUGUCGGGUUUUUAUCCUUUCUAUCGUUCAUCCUCAAACGGGCCAGGUGGCAAUAAUGAUACGGCAUCGCGCGAUGCCUCGUCCUCGUCUUGA